AUGCCCAUGGCAAGCCCAUGUCACAGGGCCUUUGCGCCUGUGGCUUCCAGUGUGGCUGUGCCCACUGUCACUGACUCAGUGUGGCCCUGCCGUGAUGUCCUCCCUGACACCUUCAUCAGCUUGCCCUGCCCACUGUCCUCACCCAAACUCAGUCUCAUGGUUGUUACCCCUGAGGCACUCCUCACAACCCCUUGUCUCCUGUUUACCUUCCCCAGCCAUAAUGUGAACCCCACAAGACUUCCCCUCUUCAUCACCCUCCGCCUCAUCUACACCGUCACUCUGGCUGGGAACCUGGGGAUGACCCUGCUCAUCUUCUUAGACUCUCAUCUGCACAGCCCCAUGUACCUUUUCCUCGGUCAUCUGUGGCUGGUGGAUUUCUGUUCCCCUUCUAUUGUCACUCCCACAGUCAUAGCUGGGAUCCUCCUAGCAGGAAAAGUCAUUUCCUACAAUGCCUAUGCUGCUCAGAUGUUCCUGUUUGUAGCAUUCAUUGAUGUGGAAAAUUAUCAGUUGACUUCAAUGGCCUAUGGCCACUAUGCCACAAUGAGCAAACCCUUGCAUUACACCACCACCAUGACCACAAGUCUGUGCACAGGCCUUGUCCUAGGCUGCUAUGCCUGUGGCUUCCUCAAUGCUGCCCUCCACAUUGAGAACAUGUUCAGUAUCUCCUUUUGCAACGUGGUCCAACACUUUUUCUGUGAUAUUCCAGCACUCAUGGUUCUUUCUUGCUCAGAGAAACAGGUCAGUGAGCUGGUUCUUGUUUACAUUGUGAGCUUCCAUAUCUUUUUUGCCUUCUUUCUUACCCUGACUUUCAUUUUUAUCACCAUCCUAAGUAAGCACUCAAGCACAGGAGCUCAGAAGGCUCUGUCAACCUGUGAGUCACAUUUCACGGCAGUCUCCAUUUUCUAUGCGACGAGUAUCUUCAUGUACCUGCAGCCAAGCUCCAGUCACUUCAUGGACAUGGACAAAAUUGCAUCUGUGCUCUACAUCAUUGUCAUCCCCAUGCUGAACCCUGUGGUCUACAGC